CAGGUACUGCCACCCUCUGCGCCCCACCUGAUCCUCUCCUCGUUCCGCGAGCCUAUCGAUUGCCUAAUCCUUCCAUCCCUCUGUCUCAGUUAACUUCCGACCCGAUCCGUUCGGGGAACUCUUCUCUGAGCUUUCGAGGAUUGAUGGGAGCGCGAGGAUUGGCGCAAAAUCUGAGCUUUUUUUGGGGCGGAUUUGAGCUGAGCUGGGCGGGGGUUUGGAGGGAUCGAGCUGUUUGAUUUGGUGGGUUGGUUGUUCGCUCGGAGUUGAUUUGGAGGUGGUGGGAUGUCGCGGCGGCUGUCGCUGCCGGCGGGGUCGCCGGUCACGGUGACGGUGUCGCCGGUGGCGGGAGGGAAGAGUGGGAGCAGUCCUGGGGAGGCGGUGCUGAAGAGGGGCGGCGGCGGCGGGCUCACGAGCCCAGCGCCGAGGCACUCGCUCGGGGGCUCGUCGUCCACCGCGACGCUGCAGGUCUCGCCCGUGCGCCGGAGCGGGGGGAGCCGGUACCUUGGCGCGUCGCGGGACGGCGCUGUGGAUAACAGCGCCGAGUUCGUGCACUACACCGUGCACAUCCCGCCAACGCCGGAGAGGACGACCUCCGCGGCGGUGGAGGAGGAGGCGGAGGUGCGGCCUCAGAGGAGCUACAUCUCGGGGACCAUCUUCACCGGCGGGCUCAACCAGGCCACGCGCGGCCACGUGCUCAACACCUCCGGCUCCGGCGCGGCGGUCGCCGCCUCCGGGAACAUGACGUGCAAGAUGCGCGGCUGCGACAUGCCGGCGUUCCUGACCUCCGGCGGCGGCGGGCAGCCGCCCUGCGACUGCGGGUUCAUGAUCUGCCAGGAGUGCUACAUGGACUGUGUCGCCGGCGCCGAGAACUGCCCCGGCUGCAAGGAGCCGUACUCCGCUGGUGGUGACACCGACGACGACGGCUGCGACGACGACGAGGCCGUCUCCUCGUCGGAGGAGCGGGACCAGCUGCCGCUGACAUCGAUGGCGAAGCGGUUCUCCUUGGUGCACUCCAUGAAGGUGCCCAGCAGCAACGGCUGCGCCGGCGGCGGCGGCAAGCCGGCCGAGUUCGACCACGCCCGGUGGCUCUUCGAGACCAAGGGGACCUACGGCUACGGCAACGCGCUGUGGCCCAAGGACGGUCAUGGUGGCGGCGGCGGCGGCACUGGCUUCGCUGGGUUCGAGGAUCUGCCCAACUUCAGCGCCCGGUGCCGCCGACCGCUGACGAGGAAGACCAGCGUCUCGCAGGCCAUCCUCAGCCCUUACAGGCUGUUGAUCGCCAUCCGUCUGGUGGCUCUGGGGUUCUUCCUAACAUGGCGCAUCCGGCACCCGAACCCAGAGGCGGUGUGGCUGUGGGCGCUCUCGGUGAUGUGCGAGGUGUGGUUCGCCUUCUCAUGGCUGCUCGACAGCCUCCCCAAGCUCUGUCCUGUCCAACGCGCCGCCGACCUCGAUGUCCUGGCCGAACGCUUCGAAAUGCCCACCGCACGCAACCCCAAGGGCCGCUCCGACCUCCCCGGCAUCGACGUCUUCGUCUCCACCGCCGACCCGGAGAAGGAGCCGCCGCUCGUCACCGCCAACACCAUCCUCUCCAUCCUCGCCGCCGACUACCCGGUCGAUAAGCUGGCCUGCUACCUCUCCGACGACGGUGGCGCGCUCCUCACUUUCGAGGCGCUCGCUGAGACCGCCAGCUUCGCGCGCACCUGGGUGCCCUUCUGCCGGAAGCACGGCGUCGAGCCACGCAGCCCCGAGGCGUACUUUGGACAGAAGAGGGACUUCCUCAAGAACAAGGUGCGAGUUGACUUCGUCCGGGAGCGGAGGAAGGUGAAGCGGGAGUACGACGAGUUCAAAGUGAGGGUGAACUAUCUGCCGGAAGCGAUACGCCGGCGCUCCGACGCAUACAACGCCGGUGAGGAGCUGCGUGCCAGGAGGCGGCAGCAGGAGGAGGCCAUGGCGGCCGGCGCCCUUCCAGGAGCGUUGCCCGAGGCCGCGACAGCUGUGAAGGCGACAUGGAUGUCUGACGGCUCGCACUGGCCUGGCACAUGGCACACCGCCGCGCCGGACCACUCCCGCGGCGACCACGCUGGCAUCAUUCAGGCAAUGCUGGCGCCUCCGACGUCGGAGCAGGUAAUGGGAGGGGAGCCGGUGGAGUCCGGCGGGCUGAUCGACACGACGGGAGUGGACAUCCGGCUGCCGAUGCUGGUGUACGUGUCCCGCGAGAAGCGGCCGGGGUACGACCACAACAAGAAGGCCGGCGCCAUGAACGCGCUGGUCCGCACCAGCGCCAUCAUGUCCAACGGGCCCUUCAUCGUCAAUCUCGACUGCGACCACUACGUGCACAACUCGGCAGCGCUCCGGGAGGGGAUGUGCUUCAUGCUCGACCGCGGCGGCGACCGCAUCUGCUACGUCCAGUUCCCGCAGCGGUUCGAGGGCAUUGAUCCCAACGACCGCUACGCCAACCACAACCUCGUCUUCUUCGACGUUGCCAUGCGCGCCAUGGACGGGCUGCAGGGCCCCAUGUACGUCGGCACUGGGUGCGUCUUCCGCCGCACCGCGCUGUACGGGUUCAGCCCGCCGCGCGCCACCGAGCACCACGGCUGGCUCGGGAGGAAAAAGAUCAAGCUGUUCCUGAGGAAGCCCACCAUGGGAAAGAAGACGGACAGGGAGAACAACAACGACAAGGAGAUGAUGCUGCCACCGAUCGAGGAUGACGGCUUCCAGCAGCUCGACGACAUCGAGUCGUCGGCGCUGCUCCCUCGGCGGUUCGGCAGCUCGGCGACGUUCGUGGCGUCGAUCCCGGUGGCCGAGUACCAGGGGCGGCUCCUGCAGGACACGCCGGGCGCGCACCAGGGUCGCCCUGCCGGCGCGCUGGCAGUGCCCCGCGAGCCGCUAGACGCGGCCACCGUCGCCGAGGCCAUCAGCGUGAUCUCGUGCUUCUACGAGGACAAGACGGAGUGGGGGCAGCGCAUCGGGUGGAUCUACGGGUCGGUGACGGAGGACGUGGUGACCGGGUACCGGAUGCACAACCGCGGGUGGCGGUCCGUGUACUGCGUGACGCGGCGCGACGCGUUCCGCGGCACGGCGCCCAUCAAUCUCACCGACAGGCUUCACCAGGUGCUCCGGUGGGCGACGGGCUCCGUGGAGAUCUUCUUCUCCCGCAACAACGCCUUGUUCGCGUCCCGGCGAAUGAAGCUCCUCCAGCGCGUCGCCUACUUCAACGUCGGCAUGUACCCGUUCACCUCGGUCUUCCUGCUCGUCUACUGCGUGCUCCCGGCCGUCUCCCUCUUCUCCGGCAAGUUCAUCGUUCAGUCACUCAACGUCACCUUCCUGGCGUUCCUGCUCAUCAUCACCAUCACGCUCUGCCUGCUGGCGCUGCUGGAGAUCAAGUGGUCCGGGAUCACGCUGCACGAGUGGUGGCGCAACGAGCAGUUCUGGGUGAUCGGCGGCACGAGCGCACACCCAGCGGCGGUGCUGCAGGGCCUGCUGAAGGUGGUCGCCGGCGUGGACAUCUCCUUCACGCUGACGUCCAAGCCGGGCACCGGCGACAACGACAGCGACGAGGAUGCGUUCGCCGAGCUGUACGAGGUGCGGUGGAGCUUCCUGAUGGUGCCGCCCGUGACGAUCAUGAUGGUGAACGCGGUGGCGCUGGCGGUGGCGUCGGCGCGCACGCUGUACAGCGAGUUCCCGCAGUGGAGCAAGCUGCUGGGCGGCGCCUUCUUCAGCCUCUGGGUGCUCUGCCACCUCUACCCGUUCGCCAAGGGGCUCCUGGGGCGCCGCGGCCGCGUGCCGACCAUCGUGUUCGUCUGGUCGGGGCUCAUCUCCAUGACCGUGUCGCUGCUCUGGGUCUACAUCAGCCCGCCCGCCGGCGCCAGGGAGCGCAUCGGCGGCGGCUUCAGCUUCCCGUAGUACCAGUAGCAAGUGCAAUGUCCGAACUCUGAGUGAGAGAAGGCCACAUGAAGGAGUGCUUGCUUCAUGGGGUGUUGUAGCUUGUUAGUACUAGUAAUUAGAUGUGACGAUGCAUUCUAAAGUAGCUUAUGAGCUGCUGUAUCAAGAUCGUAAGACUUGUUUUGGUAUUGUGCUGUUUGUAAAAAACUGUAUACUCGUCAUAAUAUACAGUUUUUUAUGACUA